AUGCAAAAUCGGAUGUGCAAAGAACCGGCUGUGAACCGGCGGUUCUACCGGUUCAAGCGGUUCUUACGUUUUGAUAUUCAUUCUUUGGUAGAAAUCCAACUUGAUCUUUAUGUUCUUUCUGCUUCGAAAACUGGUGCAAAAUUUGUGAUACUGUUAAAAGCUGCGAUGCUUCUUUGCUUUCUGCAAGAGAAAAUCGAAAUGUGCUUCUCCACGACUCUAACAGUGGGUAUUGAAAUUGGUGCUAGUGAGAUUGAAUUACCAAGUGUGAAUGCUCUACAAGAUAAUGCUUCUCAAGAUAGUAAUAAUAUUCCAUUUGAGAAACAAUCCACAGAAUCCUCAAGUACAGAUCGUGGGAAAAGUGAUCCUGCGUGGGCUCACAUUUCGUUUAAAAAAGAGGGAAAAAGUUGUGUAUACACUUUCCUUUAUUGUAGUAAGACUUAUAAAGGAGGGGGCAUAAAUAGAAUGAAGCAACAUCUUGCGGGGGUUCCAGGUAAUAUAAUUUCUUGCAAAAAUAUUCCUCAUGAUGUUCGUAACCAAAUGCUUAAGUUAUUGGUUGGAAUCAAAGAAAAAAGUAAGAGUGGUGAUGGUAACCUAUAUGAAGCAUAUGGUGAUCAAAAUAUUGAAGAUGAAGCACAAGAAGUUCAACCUAGCUCAAAUAUGGAUAUGAAGAGUAAGAUGCAACCCACAUUGAAAAGAAAAGCUAAUGUUGAAAUUAGUAAUUAUUUUGCUCCAAGGACUACUCCAGGAUCGCAACCAAGUUUGAAAAGUGUAUUAUCAAGCACGCAAGCAAUUCACAAAGCUAAGAUGGCAAUUGCUCAUUGGUUUUAUGAUGCCUGCAUUCCAUUUCAUGCAACACUAUCACCAUACUUUCAACCUGCUUUAGAUGCAAUCAAUGCUAUUGGUCCCGGUUUUAAAGGCCCAUCUUAUCAUGAAUUAAGGGUUAACUUGUUGGGAGAUUGCAAGAGAGAGUGUUGCUUACUUGUAGAAGGUUAUCGAGCAAAUUGGGCUAAGAGUGGAUGUACAAUUAUGGCAGAUGGAUGGACUGAUCAACGACAAAGAACUUUGAUCAACUUUCUAGUUUAUUGUCCUACAGGUGUAGUAUUUGUGAAAUCUGUUGAUGCAUCAGAUGUCAUAAAAGAUGCUAAGACAUUAUGCGGCUUGUUUUCUGAAGUGGUUGAAUGGGUUGGAGCUGAACAUAUUGUUCAUAUAGUGACUGAUAAUGCAGCUAAUUAUGUAGCUGCUGGUAAAUUGAUACAAGAGAAAUAUGAUACCAUUUUUUGGUCUCCUUGCGCCGCUCAUUGUUUGAAUCUCCUUUUAAAGGACUUUGCUAGUAUGCCUCAUGUUGCAGACCUUGCCACAAAGUCUUCCAAGAUUACAGUAUUUGUCUAUAAUCACAUGGUAUUCUUAUCUUGGAUGAGAAAAAGAGAAGGUUGGAAAGAAAUUGUACAUCCAGGAGUGACUCGUUUUGCUACUACUUUUAUUACAUUGAAAAGUAUUUUUGAUCACAAACAUGAUUUGCAAGCUUUAGUUGUAGACAAGCAUUUCACUAUCCAUAAAUUAUCAAAGACUACAACAGGAAAAAUUGUUAGUGAUAUUGUUUUGGAUCAAAAGUUUUGGAAUGAUUAUUUGUCGAUAGCGAAACUUGUGGCUCCUAUCAUUCGAUUACUAAGAAUUGUAGAUGGGGAUGAAAAGCCUUCUCUUGGUUAUGUUUAUGAAGCAAGAACAGAGUUAUGA